UAAAGACAUCAGUUUGCCGAUACAAGGGCUGCAUAUGCAGCUCCCAGUGGUAUUCUCACAUUAUUGAAAACGUUUUCUUUCAACAAAAGACAAAAGUUGUCCCAACAUUUCGGCAAAAAUAAUUUUCCUGAUAAAUUAGAAAGUUAAUUAUUAUUUGUUUGAUCAGUUGCCACAUUAAUCAUGUCGAAUCACUCUCUCAUACUUAAAUCCGGCUUCCUGCGAGCUCCACUAGCCAACGGUGUAGGUCGCUACAUCGGACAAUUACAACGAAUAACUUUGAAAUUCUGCAAAAAUCGUGGGUCCAGUCGUGGCAUGAGAGAUUUCCUGGAGAAUGAUCUUCUCGAUUUUGCAAGGGAAAAUCCUGGUGUAGUGGUCUAUGUCAAGCCAAGAAGACAUCGAGGUCCAGUAGUUGUGGCAGAAUAUCUUAAUGGAGAGAGACACUGGGUGAGUGUGGCGAAUUUCCCAAAGGAGGACAUCAUCAAGUGGAUUGAACUCCUGAGAACACAGUCGAAAGAUGGAUCACAAAUGAGAUUACGAAAGAUGUUCCACACAGAGUUCCCAUCGAUUCAAGGGCCAUGGACCCCCUAUACUUUCAAAAACCCAAUGUGGAACAUUACGAAAUUCCCAGAUGAUGUCAUUGGAAACGCAACUGUCCGGAAGCCGACAGCGACAGAAAAAUUGCUGGAAAUUUUUAAAGCCCAACAAGAAGCCAAAAAAUCGACACAAAUUGAGACACAACAGUCCUCUUAAAAGUAAUUAUACAGUGUAUAUAGGAUCAUGAAUAAAAUGUGCAUUAAUUGAAAUGUAUAAUACAAACGAUUAUGCAGACAAUUUA